ACACACUAGAUCUUAACCAUUUUUUGAGAACAUUUCCAGUAGAAACUCUCGUGGCGCGGCGAAUACGCAGCGCCAAAGGAGUGCACGCACCCUCCCGCCUCACUCUCGCCUUAGAGCCGCAUCUUCUGGCAAAAAAAAAUCGCCCGUAGCAUGCGAUUUUAUGCCGUACCGUCCUCCCACCCUUCGCGUCGCGACCAGCCCUCCUGCUGCUUGCGUGGGCCGCUGUCCGUGCUGCCCGCUGCUCGCGCUCGCACCGCCCCCUGCCGCUGGCCGCUGUCCCCUGCUCAUGCUGCCCGCUGCCGCCCGCUGCUCGCGCUGCCCACUCGUAUCUCAAAAUCUCUCUCUGCCCAUCUCUCUGUCCAUCUCCCCGUCAUCCCUUGCUCCCAUACUCCUCCCAUUUCCCCCUUCCCCCUUCCUUUCACUGCACGGAUAAACUCUUGCAGGGGGUGCCAUUUUCACCCGAAUUUUAGC